GAAGACAAAAGAUAGAGGAUGAGUGGGACAUUAGAAAUGGGGGACUAGGGUACAAGCAGAUUGUGAUCUGCAAGUCAUAAGCAAAUGUGUAAGGAGGUAUCAGUACCAUCAGUUUUGAAUUGUCGAUACUCAUUUGUGGUGCUGUCAUUGCACAACAAUCAGAGACUCGUUACUACGUGGACAUGAGUUAGGUAUAAAUGCCUGCUGACUCCAGUCCUCAAUAGUCAGUGGUGAGUUUCCUCUCAAAGCUCUGUGGUGCUGAGAACACCCUCUCAUCCUUCCGCCUGACGCUGCCUCAGUGUUUCCGUCUUAGAGCCAUGGAUCUAAGUUUGAUCUAUUCAAGACUGCUGGUUUUUCUGUGGACAACAUGGACGUACGCAGAGAUCCCACAGAAUAACUGCACCAACUACCAUCUGCAGUUUGAGUGGGUUUUCUCUGUUCCUGGACAUGUGGCCAUGCUGAACAGCACUCUGGUGUCUCGGCGCUACUUUGACUACACAACUGUGCCGUACAACAUCACAUGGUACAACUUGAAAACAGGACAGGAGAUGAUCAACCAGACGGACAAAGUCUUUGUUCUGAGGGAGACCAUGUGGUUUCUGAAUGUAACACUGGAGGACAACGGGGAGUAUGUGACCAUACUGAGAACUCCGUCUCGGUGCUUCAUGCAGUCCACCAAGCUGGUGGUAGAACCUCCUAUUCCUGGAGAAUGUGGAAAGCCGCAGAAAGCUUAUCAGGAGCUUCAAGCCGGAGUGGCGCACCUGCUGAACUGCCCCCUGAUGGAUUACAUUCAAAAACUCAAAAGUUACGACAUUUCUUCUACAAUCACAUGGUCCAAGGACUGUACCCACAUAUCUGAUGAAACAGAGAAGUACCAGUACAGGGACAGCACCAAACUGAACAUCGAUGGGGUGGAUUCCCACCACAGCGGCCUGUACACCUGCGUCCUGACGUUCACUCUAGAUGGCGUCGUUGGAUCAGUGUCAGAGACUAUCAAUGCAACAGUCAAAGAUAGGGAGUAUCCUGUUCCUCAAAUAUUUGAACCAGCAAAUGAAACCAUCAAAGCAAAGGAGGGGUCCAGGUUCACCAAGAAGUGUCUGGUGUUUGUGCCUACAGUCGGACAAUCACUAGAUCCCAUUUGGUUUGUCCGAGACCUCAAAGCCAGCAACAAAACUUCUGAGCGCAUCUAUGUGUCUGAAAAAAUGUCAAGGAAACAUGAUGCUCCUGCAGGGUUUUUGGUUGAACGGCUGCUGAUUUUCUCUAAAGUGACGGCAGAAGAUUUCAACCUCAACUACACUUGUCUGGUGAUGAGCUCCAGAGUCCAACCACCGGCGUAUUUUACUUUGAUUCCAGUCGAACCAGACCUAAUCCUGCCUGUUGGGUGUGUUUUUGGGAGUCUGAUACUGGUGUUCAUCAUGAGUGUAACAAUCUUCUACACUUUUAGGAUCAGCAUUGUGCUGUGGUUCAGAGAAACCUUCAGCAUCCUUUACACUGAUAAAGAUUUAGAUGGAAAGCUGUACGAUGCCUAUGUGGCGUAUUCACAGCCACAGCCUGUUGGGUUUGAGGAGGAAGUCGAGAAGUUCGCUCUGCACACACUGCCUCAAGUGUUGGAGGAGACUUGGGGCUACAAACUCUUCAUAGAAGGUCGUGACGGCCUGCCUGGACAGUCCAAAGUGGACUCUGUGGAGGAGAACAUCCAAGCUAGUCGCUGCUUCAUCCUGCUCUACACCGCCUCCACCUUCAUCUGCAGACAACAAACCAACGGCACCUGCAGCAACAGCUCAGACAAAACGAGAAAGACCCAAAGCACAUGUGACAGAGAGUGCUCAGAGUCCAUGCAUCACUUAGAAUGUGUGGCUGCAAUGCACAGGUCACUGCUGGAGGGGUCUCUGAAGGUGGUCCUGGUUGAGUUAGAGGAGCUCUCCUCGGAUCAGCUGGCUCUCCUCCCAGAGUCGGUGCAGCACCUGAGGAAGAAGCAGGGAGCUGUGUGCUUGUGGAAGAAUGUGGCGGCGAGCAAAAGGUGGAGGAAGUGUUUGAGGACAGAGGAAGAUGAAGAGGAUGGGGGCAAGGACUCUUAUUUGUCAGCAUCUUUCUGCCCCUCCUCCAGGUUUUGGAAGGAAGUGAGGUAUCAAAUGCCAGUCAAAGGCAGGAGGCGGGUGGGAUCCAGGGAAACUGUUCUGUUGAACAAGUGAUGGGGGUCAGGCAGACGUCCAGUACCAAGCUAGAGACCCCAUGACAACCAUGAGGCAGACAGAAAUGUUCUGGUUUCUAUUUUUUUAUUUCUUCUGUGUACUUUCUCCUGGAGAUGGUCACAGUUACCUUGAGUUAUCUCACUGUUCUCAUUAUUUAAGGAGGUGUCUUUUCUGUAUUAUGUAUCAAAGCUUUGUAUGCUUUCAGAUUUUUGUGUGGUUUUGUUGCUAAAUCUUUUGAUUAUCUGGAUUUGUUCAAGUCUUCCAGUUCCUGGAUGUUUUUUUACGGGCCUUCCUGUAACAGAAACAAUGAUUCAUAAUACAGUUUCAGAUUACAAAGUAAUUUCCACCAAAAGGUACUACUUUUUUAUGUUUUUAAAGCUCUUUAAAGACAAAUUUGCUGGAAAAGUGUGUUUUUUUUAUUUUUUAUUUUGUUCUUCUUGUUUUAUAAUUUAUGGUUUUUCAUUUAUAGUUUAUUUAUUAUUUUUAUUUUAUUUGUGUGGGUUUUUUUUCAGUAGAUUCCCAAAAUGACACCAAAAACUGAUUAGAUUCCUUGAUGAUUCAGGUUUGAUCUACUCUUCACAAACAGCAACAAUCUUUAUUUUUACCAAGCACUAACGCAGCUAUAUUUAUAUGAACUGUUAUAUAUGUACUGUAUACACACACACACACACACACACCUAUAUAUAUAUAUAUAUAUAUAUAUAUAUAUAUAUAUAUUCGUGUUUAUGUUUAUCUAUUCGUGGUUUCACGUAUUCACGGAUUGUUUUGUCAGUCACUGGACCUCUAGACUACUUCAGUUCGUCAAAAGACAGACAACUCAAGCUGUUUACAUGAAAUUUUUGCAAGUGAAGGAGGUGCUGCGAUGCUGAGGUGUAUCUCCACACAACGGAGCCCCCUCCGGAGUGUGGCGUGCCCGUCGGCAGACCCAUUCUCUCUCCACUCCCCUGCAUGGAGAAAUGGCAUCGGCUGAAAAAAAAUCCUGAUAUGCUGAAGCAGAUAAUCGCAGAGGAUAAUUAUCAUCCAGAGCAGGUGUUUAUUAUUUGAUGAAGGGGGAAGCAUGCUCCUAGUUGUAAGGGACAGAGUGACACUCCUCAUCAGCGUCAUUAAGUACACUGCUUUCAAUAUUGAGCAAUACUCCAAUGUUGUUUAAUAAAUGUUUUACAGAGCAUGAUCAGAAGUGUUUUUGAUGAGGAUGGAUCGGUACUUCAGCCGGGAGGGUCGAGGGGUGAGACGGGAACAGGAAAUUCACCCAUCCCUGUCCCGAAGUAUUCGCAGAUUUGGCAUGUUUGCGGAUGUCUCUGGUUCCUAACCUCCAAGAAUAAGAGGGGGUUACAGUAUAUAUGUAUGAGUAUGUAUGUAAAUGUAUGUGUAUAAGUACAAAUUUGAUUUUUUUUUUUUUGUGGCAAAAAUGUUAAGUUGAACUUUUUUUUUACUAUUUAAUUUUUUGAUGUUUAUGUUUUGAAAUAAGAUUUUGCUACUGUAAAUUUAUUGUUGCUAAUAAAUGUAUUUUAAAUAAAAAGGCUUACUCUACAAAAACACAUCUAUUUAUGGUGUUUAUUUAAACAAAUGUCAAGUGUGACAUUUCAGCUUCCAUCAGGCCACUUUUUGUAUGUCUUCUUCCUAUUUUUUUUUUUUUACUAAUGUUAGAACUUUCUUCACAUUUCUUUUGCUUAUAGAAUUUUCGAUUUAACUAACAUAAUAAUGUUUUAUGUGUCGUAUUGUAAGUUUUCUGGUGUGUGUUUGCAUGCAUGCACCCUCCUGACCUGCAUCCAUGGUUUGCUCUUUUUGCAGAACCAGGUUUCAUUUCUUGUCAGAACUGUGCAGCUGACCUCAUUUAGUUUUUUUAUGCUUUUUCAUUCCUCUUCAUUCAAAAAGAAAAAAAAUCCUUAUAAUUUAUGGAUAUUUUACACAGCUUUGUUCAAAUAAAGUGAAGACAAUUGGAACGCAAACAUUCAACUCAAAAAACAAACUUUUUUGACCAAUUCUUAAAUAAAACUUCAAUGUAACUUACCCUGAACUCUUCAGCCAUAAUUUAGAUUCUUCUAUUUAUUUAUGGACGUUCAUAAUCUUUCAGAAUCUUUCUUUCAAACGUUUACUAACCACAGAGAGGUGUAUGUGUAACCUCAUGUAGGUCAACACCUUUGGGACUGAAACCGACACAGGUGAAUGUGAACGCACUCAUGGUGACACUUUGACUCAGUGCUGGAGGCUCUGAGGCAAAAGGAAGCAGCAGUGUUGGAGCGGACGGCUGCCUUAAAUGCAUUGCUUCCUGUAGCAAACAAGUCCUGCAGAAAAAAGUUCCUGUUUUUCUGGUUUCUUCCUUCUUAGUUCCGUCUUAGUGAAUCCGUGGUGUCUGGUGGGAAGGGAAUAACAAACAAAAUAAUAAUUAAAAAAACAGAAUUUAAGACAAUUCUCCCAUAGGAGGCCAUCACAAUCAGGAUAAAGGACAUUGUUUCCAAUGGUGCAACCAAUGCUCUGGUAAGAUAUAAUAAAAAAUAAUGAUAAUUGAA